AUGACGUUUGCAAACGAAUCAACCGAUUCCCAAUCGGAAAAUUCACAACCAGUGCUGAGUGUGAAAUCGCCGGAAGUACUGUCUCAGGCCAGCGGAAGUGUCAAUCAACCCGCCGCGUCCGAGAAGAACGACCGAUACAAGUGCGAGUUUUGUGGCGAAUGUUUCCGCCGAAAGGACAGCCAUGAUCGGCACCGAUUUACGCACACCGGCGUGUACGAAUAUGCGUGCAGCGUUCCGGAAUGUGGUAAAGCGUACACGAAUCGUUCCCACUUGAAGCGCCAUGUCCGUGCGAACCAUACUCGUCCCUUGGCCGUGUUGAAGCAGAACACCGUUGACUGCGAGGACACGACGUGUAAGCUGAAGUUCAGCACAAAGCUGGCCAUGAAGCGCCAUUAUCAGACGAAGCACGUUCUCGGUAAACCGUACGCUUGUGAUCAAUGUGACGAGCGGUUCUGGCGCAAGUUGCAGCUAAAAUUUCACAAGUUCAAGCACACGGACCAGUACCCGCACCGGUGCGAGCAUUGCGAGAAGGGAUUCGUUGACCUAAAGUCUCUGCGGAACCACCGGUGUCACCACAAUCUGCGGUCAUGUGCUGAUUGUUCGAAAAAGUUCACAUAUUGGUCGGAGUUAGUGGCCCAUCGCCGAUUGGAACAUUCGAAGCGGUUCCGGUGCGAACACUGCCCCAAGGUGUUUCACACGAAGCGCUGCCUGAAGGCACACGCCCGCAGUCACAUCACAGAAGAUGAGAGCGAAAUGUUCGAGUGCCCCUAUGCCGGAUGCCCACGCUUUUACAGAUACGAGCGUAAUCUGUAUGCCCAUGUACGGUCCAAGCACGAGGGUGUUAAGAAGUACGUUUGCGAAGAACCCGGAUGUGGCAGGGUGUUGGCCACGAAGCAAAAACUGGAACUACAUCGUAAAUUACAUCAGUCCGCCUCGAGGUCAGUACCGCGUCCAGUGACGCAGGUAACAUCCGAGAUACCUCGUGCGCUCAUUCCAACUGCAGUUCCAUUGGACGAUGCCGGUCAUCCGAAAAUCGAUACGUCCGUUGUUGUGCAGUCCUGUACGAUUUCUGGAGCAAUGUCGAAAACGGUUUCUAGCAGUGCACUAACGUCGUCUAUGGAUUCCGCUUCUGAAUCGGAAGUGGAAAGCGGGGGUCGUGCCACGAGCAUUCUUACAUCGAACGUUCAACUUAUUCACCAACAAAUUGCUGCACUCCGUGCGGAAGCAUCCCGGUUUUAGUAUUUUUAGUUCCUGUAUGUAUUGCCGAACUUUUCAAAGCUAAACCGAUUUUAAAGGGAACAAGAAGAACUUGGCAGAUUCUUACCCUGCGAAUUGCCGAAUUGUAUUCAAAUGAAUUUUACACCAAAGGAUUAGCUUUUAAAGUAUAUUUUUAGAACUUAAAUAAAGAAUUCUA